AAUUUGGAGAUGGGGGACGAUAAAGAGGUUGAGAUACAAAUCAAAUCUAUAACGAGCCUAUCAAAACCGUCCAGGUGGCACAAUAAAACUUUGACAACACCUAUAAAGGUUAAUCAUUAUCAGACAUUACUUAAUGAA